UUGGCUAACAAUCAACGGCUUGUGCAGAGUGCAGGAGGAGGCGGGUGGGCAGCGGAAGAGAAAUAGCAGGCCUGUGCAACAUGGCUUCCAACUACAAGAAACCAUCAUUAAUAGUGCCAACUCAGAGGAAGAAGGUCGUCCCAAAGCCGGAACUGACUGAGGAGCAGAAGCAGGAGAUUCGAGAGGCCUUCGAUCUUUUCGAUACUGAUGGCACAGGAACCAUCGAUGUGAAGGAACUAAAGGUAGCCAUGCGAGCCCUUGGAUUUGAGCCCAAGAAAGAGGAAAUUAAGAAGAUGAUUGCCGAUAUUGAUAAGGAGGGGACCGGCAAAAUCAGCUUCAAUGACUUCAUGUCUUCGAUGACCCAGAAGAUGGCUGAGAAAGAUUCAAAAGAAGAGAUCAUGAAGGCUUUCCGGUUAUUUGAUGAUGAUGAAACUGGAAAGAUAUCUUUUAAAAAUCUUAAAAGAGUUGCAAAGGAGCUUGGAGAGAAUCUGACCGAUGAAGAGCUGCAGGAAAUGAUUGAUGAAGCUGACCGGGAUGGAGACGGGGAAGUGAAUGAACAGGAGUUCCUCAGAAUAAUGAAGAAGACCAGUCUGUACUGAGCCGUCCUUCAAGAAGUGAUUUCACCAUCCUCCUGCCUCAGUGAAAAGCAUGUCUUCAGUACAGAGGAACUGAGAUGUGAAAGCACAAUUGUGUAAUUCUGCCAACCUUUCAGAUAAUAUAGCACAGCGGGCAUCUUAUCACCACAUAAUGUGCCAAUCAGAACCAUUUGCCAUGUUUCCUAAUGUACCAAGGAAUUUAAAAACAAG